ACUUUCUCUUUCAUUUCUUUUUAACAGUGUAUAUAUCCAUGUAGAAGGGAGGUUUUUGUAUUUACUUUGUUGUGCUGUAAAGGUUUCUCACAAUGAACUCAAUCAUGAAGAAGAGCUUCCCUUUUCAUUACUCUUUAUUGGAAUACCUGUUUACUUUGACAGGAUUUUUUUUUUUCCUGUUGGAUGUAGCACUGGACAUUUGGACUGUUGUGUCAUUUUAUCAGAAUGGGGACUAUGUGUAUAUGGCGGUGAUGAUCUUUCUGCUGCUGGGCUCUUCAGUAUUGUUACAGGUGUUCAGCUGGCUCUGGUACUCUGAUUGCCCGGAUAAGCUUGAGACUAAGGUGGAGACAUUUGCAAACAAGCAUAAACUGAUCAAACCACUCCACUUCCUUCAGCUUGGAGUCUUCCUCAGGUAUGCUGGGGUGAUAGAGAUUUCCACAACACUUUUUUUUCAACAAAGAAGAAGCACAGAGGGUGUUGCUCUGUACCUGAACCUGGACCUUCAGAUGCUUCGUAUGUUUGAGGCAUUUUCUGAAAGUGCCCCACAACUCAUACUUAUGAUGUCUAGAAUCUUACAGAGAGGAGGGCUGGAGCUUAUUACAGGUUUGAAAAUCCUCACAUCAGCUGUUGCAAUAGUCUUUACCAUAGCUUUUCCCAUACGUACAUUUGUGCGUGCCUUUCUGCAAGAAAAAUUUGAGAUGAGCUGGAUCUCCACUGGUGUCUACUUCCUGUGCAACUUGUUGCUGAUCAUUCCCCGUGUAACCGCUCUGGCACUCUUUUGUAGUGUAUUGCCAUGGUACCUCAUAGCUCACUUCCUGUCUUUGUGGAUGCUGCUGGUUUUAGGGGUCUGGAGCCAGAAAACAGAUUACAUGAAAAGUCCUGGUUGGGAAUGGCUCUUCAGAGCGACUAUUGGACUCAUUUGGUACUUCAGCUGGUUUAAAGUAUCAACAGGAAGCAUAAAAUUAAAGAAUGCUCUCUAUUAUGGUGUCAUGGUGUUGGACACAUUGAUGCUGCUGGGCUUCUGGUGCUGGAAGGUGUUUGAAUAUUCAGGCUGUUGGAGCUCCUUAAAUCCUUACAUUGUGACCCCGAUAUUACUAGGUUUGUACGUUUCUGGAAUUCUAUUGAAAAUUAUAUACUACAGAUGGUUACAUCCUAACUUAGAUGAACAGAAAAUACAUAAAACCAGUGAACAACAGAAUAUCAAACAAGCUUCAGCAUUUUAUAACAUGGACUCAGACUUCCUGGAAUCUUCAUCUGAAGAUACAGCUGCAGCUCCCACUCAGCCUGUCACUGGUGUUCUCAAGAGGGAGAGAGCCAUAACUGCUGAUUUCUCCUUCUAGUUCUUGGUUUAACUUAUGUAAUUAUCAUUCAACAAAUGUAAUUAAAAAAGUAUUUAUACACAGAAUACAUUGUUUUGUGCUAACAUAGCUAUUUUCUUAAUAGCUACAACUUUUAUAAAAUUUUUCUGGAAAAAAAUAAAAAUGUUCUCAUCUUUUUAAA